AUGGAUAGAUCUACGAAAGAGAAAUGUGCGUGGCAGGAUAGAAAAGGCUCGAGAAGCGCACAUCCGCGAAAUGAACGAAAAAGAUCCACGGGUUUCAAGGGAACAAAUCGACACGAUAUCGAAACGGAUCUAACGUUUGCGAGCACUUCGGCAGCAAAAAUCUUGAAAAAGAGUCCAGAGUUUGAAGUCCGAAUCGAUCAAACGUUUAGCUAUGUGAUUUUGGAGUUCUUUUUGGUUUUCGGCGCUCUUCAGGAACUGUUGAAGUGCAAAAAGUGUAAUAGCGACGUGAAGUUUUUUAAAAAAUCGAUUCGCGGCUUGGGCUUUAAAAUUUGUGUUCAGUGUUCGUGUCCAGAUCCGGCCGAGAUAGAUUCUUGUCCUUUGAUAAAAAAUGCUUAUGAAAUCAAUCGUCGUUUCUGCUUUGUCAUGCGAUUGGUCGGCAUCGGCAUAAAUGGCAUUAGAAAUUUUAUCGCCUUGAUGGAUUUAACUGCAAACUUCAACAAUAACACCUAUUAUGGAAUCGUGAAAAUUCUGCAGAUUGCAGUGAAAUCAAUAUACGAGGCCGUCGUGAAAAAAGCAGGUACCGAAGAGAAGGAAAAAACUUUGGAAGCAGAAAAUCAGGGCGAUAUUCUGACGGUGUCCGGUGAUGGAUCGUGGUCGAAACGCGGUUUCACGUCGCGCAUGGGUAUUGUGUCCGUGAUUGGAAAAUAUACCAACAAAGUUUUGGAUGUUGCUGUCAAAUCAAGCUUCUGCAAGGCUUGUGCAUUCUGGAAAGGACAAGAGGGAACACCCGAGGGAAACGAAGCAAGAAAAAGGUUAGUUCAACUAAAAAAGGCCAAAAAGCAAAUCGAAGACAAAGCAAUGGAGAGCUUUAAUCACUGUGUGUGGCAACUAGCCCCAAAGCACGUAUUCUGCGGCAAGCAGAUAGUAGAAAUCGCUACGCAGUGUGCUGUGUGCACCUUCAAUGAAGGUUACGACCCAAUUUUAAAAAUUUUGGAGACGAUGGGAUGCACGAUAGGGCCGAGCGCCGCAGAUUUCGCUGCUAAGUACAAGAAUGCGCGCAUCACCCAAGCAAACCGCCGGGCAUCCCUGGAUAGCAAAGAGGCGAGGACAGCUCGUCGGACUGAACAAUCCAUUGAGCACGAUCUUUUCGAAGAAGCAGAAGGGAUAUUGUAUGGACCUGGCAUCGCUGAUUGA